AGAGGUCAAAAGUUUCGCGGGAACCAACAUGGCGAACGAGAUGACAGCUGCUGCACCGGAGUCUGUGCAAUGUCCGGUUUGUUUUAAGGACUUCAAGCCCUCCACAAUCAACAGACACCUCGACGCGUGUCUGCUGAACACCGUUGAUGGGGAAUGUCCGUCCACAACAGAUGAAAGUGAACCUCCGACGAAAAAAUCCCGCAUUGGUGACGGAGCUGUAUCACCCAGCCCCGGUGUAAACAAACCUUCGACCAAGUCCUCCCCUCCUCCACCCUCCUCCUCCACGCCGUUAACUUCUGUAUUUUCCAUGUUUCAGGGCAACAAGAGUAAAGUUUCAGUUCAAAGUGAACAAAGUGGUGUACUGACAGGUAAACGGAGAUCCUCUGCUUCAGUCAAUCAUGGAGUAAAGAGUGAUUUACAGGAUGACUCUGAGCAGGGACCUGCAGAUAACCUGAAGAGUCAGGUAACUGGGUCAAACGCACCAACUUUGAAGACAUCAAGUAGUAUCCCUCCGCGGACACUGCUGUCCAUGAACAAACCACUGGCGGAGACGCUCCGGCCAAACUCACUGGAGGAUUACUUUGGCCAGAGCAAAGUCGUAGGUCAGGAAACACUCCUCCGUUCACUUCUGGACUCUCAGGAAAUCCCAUCUUUGAUCCUGUGGGGACCACCGGGAUGCGGAAAGGUAAGGAUUAUUCUUCCCCUAAUCGAUUCCCACUCCUCUUAAAAUUUGACAUUCUCUUUGGAAAUCAUGGACACAGCAUCCUGCGCUGAUAACAAUAGGGGAGAGACCACCUAUAUUGUUGUCAGUGCACGGUUCAAGAGUCAGUAUCCCUGAUGUUUCAAGGAUGAAUAAGUUCCUGUUUUAGGUGGACAUCUUGUAUAGUACAACAAGAAACAUAAAUAUUACAAGGAGAGCCCAAACUAUUAAGGAGCUAAAAUCCCAUGUACGGUGGCUGAGAACCGCCACUACUGCAAAUAAAAAAAAAUGCACAAAAAAAAGAGGCCACAACGGAAGUUACGGAUGCAAAGAAGAAGAAAAAAAAAGAAACUGAAGCCUGCUGCAAAUAAAUAAAGAAAUAGUGCAGAUUAAAAAUAAAACACACAACAGAAGUUAAUGAAGAAAACAAAAACGGCGAUGCAAAAAAAAAGUUACAUAGUGCGAAAAUAAAAGGAUGCAAAAAAAAAAAAAAACCCACAACUGAAGUUAGUUGCUUGGGACCAAUAAUGAUGAUGCACCAGUGUUUUAUGAUCUAGGCACAGAAGACGAUGGCAAAAAGAUGAGCAGAGAGAGGUUAUUGUUUAAUUUUGCUUUGUGUGCUUUUCAAUGUGUCAUUUGGUCAGGCCACACAUUGAGAAGCACACAAAGUGAAAUUAAAAAAUAACCUGUUUGCAUCCUUUUAUUUUCGCAGUAAGUAACUUUUUUUGUUUGUUUUUUCCUUCACAGAUUUUUUUUUUUUUUGUGUGUGUGUCUCAUCAAUUUCUGUGGUGGCUUUUUAAAAAAAAAAAAAUUAUCUGCACUGUCUUUUUUUUUGCGUCAUUAACUUCCUUAUGUCAAGCCCGCAACACUGUCUCAUUAGCCUAAAGUCAUACAACAAAACUGUGAUUAUGAAUCACCAAUAAAAGGUAUUGGUAUCAGCCCUGAAAAACCAAUAGUGAUCAGCCCCUUGACUUCUUCAUCCAAGACUCUUUUGUAGUAUAAUAAGAGAGUAAGUUACAUCUCUGGCUGUCAGGUUGUGUCUUGCAUGUGUCACCUUUGUACAGCAUGUUAAUGACUUCUUAGGCAUGCCAAGCUACCAGCAUGGAUUGUCAUUCAGCAGCUUGCCAUGCUCAGACUUUGUCAGCUUGCCUCAGUAACAAUUUAACUCUUUAACUCCCCUAAUCAGUUGUUUUAGUAUCCAGUUUCAAAAUGAAAGGGUUACGUUUGGAGCUUUUUAAAGGGAUUUAUAGUUAAAGUGAGAUUAACUUAAAAGUUAGGUAUAUUACUGUAUAUUCAAUGAAAUAAUAUCCCUUACCCACAUUACUGUUAUGUUGUGUUUUGUUGUCUCUUAGACCACUCUGGCCCACAUUAUUGCCAGCACCAGUAAAAAGAAGGGAACAGCGCGUUUUGUGUCUCUUUCUGCCACCAGUGCAUCCGUCAGUGAUGUUCGAGAGGUGAUCAAGCAGGCGCAGAAUGAGCUACGACUGUGCAAGAGGAAGACCAUCCUGUUCAUUGAUGAAGUUCACCGCUUCAACAAAUCCCAACAGGUGUGGUUUAGAGCCAGAACAAUGUGCCAGAUAAGCCAGGAUUGAGACUAUUAAGCAAAAAUUACAAAGCUGGUGUUUAUUAAUAUAGUUAUUUAAAGGUGAUUGAAUUCCUCUAGUUUGGUCAAAGAAAUAGCUUAAAGAAAAAGUAAGGUGUUUUUAAGUUUGCAGUUGUUAUUAUGUGUGUAAAAUGAUUAUAGCAUUGUACAUGAAACAACGAAUAAAGUCUCAAGCAAAUACUUACUCUUGGUAUCUUCCUCUUCAGAUAUAUUCACUGCGCCACUGUUGUCCUCACAUGACCUCUUUGCUUUUUUGUUGUUCCUCUGUCAAUUUGCAACAUCAUCCGCAGGACACCUUCCUUCCUCACGUGGAAUGCGGGACCAUUAUCCUAAUCGGGGCGACCACAGAAAAUCCCUCCUUCCAGGUAAAUUCUGCCUUGCUGAGCAGGUGCAGAGUGCUGGUUCUGGAGAGGCUAUCUGUGGAGGCGAUGGGUUCAAUCUUGGAUCGGGCUGUAGCUUCACUGGGGAUCAAAGUCCAAGGACAAGAUACUGAAGAUGACGACCAGUCAGUUGAGCCAGGGUAAGUGUGUUUCCUGGGGUUUGAGUCCUUUAUAUCAGCAUUAAUUUGAAAUCCUGUGGUGGAGCAAAAGGCCUGUUCUCUGCUCCUGUUCCUGGCUCACUGGGUUCAACUCAGAUAGCAUACGGGAGGGGUGUACUGGUUAUCGUUUGAGCUGGUGCAAUCCUUUUAGCUCUGGUCUGGUCCGACAUGUUGACAGAGAAGAAUUUGCAUAUGAUUUGAUGACAGUUAGGCAGCUGUUAUGUGCUGGCUGGAGAUGGUGUACGAUGAUGAACUCCAGAAAUGCAGUAAAAUACUUGUGUCCACUGUGUCGUCUGUGAUGCACUGUGAGUGUCAAGGGUUAUCCAGGUAACAUAACCAGUUGACAUGCAACAAAGCUGAGUCACUUUUAUCCAGGGAUGAAUAACCAUGGCAACCCCAAUAACAAGCUGCAUUUAUGAGAAAAGUAGAAAACAUUUUGAGUUUAUGUUUUUUACCAAAGUGGUUUAAGAGGUUAAGGGUUAAUCUCAAUCUUUAGGAAUACAAGUUAUCAUCCUUUUUAGAACACAAUCACAUAUAUUAACUCAAAUUCAGUAAUGACAACUCUUAAACUGAUACAGCCUCAUACAGAAAUACAGGAAGGUGCUAAUCCAGUUUAAUGAUUUAUUAUCGGGAUGUUUGUGAAGCUUUGCGACAGGUAUUGAGAUUACUUUGUCUAGUCUGUACAAAAAAACCUGUUAGACUGGAUUAUCUGUAAAUAUUAAUGACACACUUUUAUAUACACUACCUGUCAUAUUUGCCUUUCCCCGCAGGUUAAUGGUAUUUUUAGUGGCAUUUUUUGUUGACAUCAGGGAGGAGCAGAAGGAUCAUUGCUGAAGUGCUGGAAUGAAGGAAUGCACAGUGGAUAUUGACAGUGACUCAAAUUUCAUACCUAAUGAAAGCCACCCGGGUCUAAUUUCAACACCAGAAGCUCGGGGUUCAGAGGAGCUAAAUAAAAGUGGCACCCUACAGAGGGCUUGUCAGCAAGACAGUUUGAGAAGAGGAUGGAAACUAAACUAUGCCAAGGUCAUGUGUGAAUGUCAGAUAUCAUGUAAACAAAAUCAUGCUAAUGUCAUAGGAGUUUGCAACCUUAAAUUCAUGUGAUAUAACUGUUAAACUAGAUUAAUCUGUUUCUAUUUUCAAAUCAGCUGCAUUUCUGUUGUAUUUUUGAUUGCAUAUGUAUGUCUUCCUUUUAGAAAAAGAUCUUUAUUUUAGCAUAUCUGCACUGAAACUGUUUUUAUUAUGUGUAUAAUCGUUUUCUAGGCCAAAGAUCUUCAUUGAACAAAAAGCUUUGGACACCAUAGCCCAUCUUUGUGAUGGCGAUGCAAGGACAGGUCUAAACAGCCUACAGCUGGCUGUUCAGGCUCAGCUGAACUCGGCCCAGUUCAACUCAUCAGGUGAUGGUGACUCUCAGAAGAUACUGGUGAAGGAGGAGCACAUCAAAGAGGGUCUUCAGAGGUCCCAUAUUCUCUAUGACAAAGCUGGUAAGCCCACACAUACAUGUGCAGGUUUUACAGACUAAAGUGAUGCCUUAUCCAAGCCCUACAAUGCACCUGUUUUCUAGAGGGUAUAUAUUUCCAGCUGUUGUCGAGUCAGUCGACUAGUGUACAUUUAAUUUCCAAUCUUUUUGUUCACUAUCAAGUUUCUAAAUACCCCAGCCCUCUGCUCAUACAACCAAGAGAAGCCUAUAUUCUUACAUUUGGAUGUUUUCAUUCUGUACAAUACUCAAUUGAAACAAAAUGAGUUCUCAACAGCAAUAAUUUUAUACCAAAAACGUCUCAUAUUUAUUAAAGCAUUUAAAAUGUGUACUGUAAUGCUCUCUAAUUUUUAAGAGUGCAUCUGAAUAUAUAUGAAGGAAAUGAAUCUUGACUCAAACAGUGUGCUGCUCAAUCAGCAGAAGUCCAUCUCAUGCCAGUAUACUCACACAGUCUUUUUAAACAGUUCCAUUUAGGACCAAAGAUCAUUUUAACUGAAUCACUAAGUAUGCUUUGAGAUUAUCAAAGUAUGCAUGUCAGACAGUUCACAAUAGUAUUAAAAAACAAUGUAGUGUUUACAGCCCUGUUCACUGUUGCUCAGCAGUGACACAUGCAGGUUUUAUUUGUGAGGUAUUACAAUAUUAUCCAUAUGAAUUAUGACUAUAUAAUAAAACCUAUGCUUAGCUACUCAUUAGUCUUGUCACAGUAGCUAUACAUUCAAGAUUAUUUCAGUCCUGUUCUUCUGCCUGAGUAUCCAUGGACAACUUACUCUCACCCCUUCAGCCUGCCUAAUACUGAAGUCCUUCAUGCCGUCCUAUUACAUAAUGCAUCAGCUGUCCAAAAGACUGAGAUUUACUGUUCCCUUCGAAUGGUGAUGAAAAUGCCUCUCAGCUUGGCUAAUGGCUCUUAUGUAGACAGUGUACUACGGCUAUAGAUAGUGUAUAUUGUGCAUUACAGCUUUAUUAUGACCAUAGGUCGUCCUACUGUCAGUGAUUCCUUCACUUUAUUGAGACUUUAGUGAAAGUUUCUCAAGUUGUUAAUGAAACCACCUGAAUGAUUUUGAUUUGUUGUGUACAUGUAUGUAAUGCUGUAGGUGAGGAGCAUUACAACUGUAUCUCAGCGCUGCAUAAGUCGAUGAGAGGCUCCCAUGAGAAUGCAUCAUUGUAUUGGCUGGGCCGCAUGCUGGAGGGCGGCGAGGAUCCUCUCUAUGUGGCUCGUAGGCUGGUUCGCUUUGCCAGCGAGGACGUGGGUAAAUGGAAUACUUAUUUUGAUGACUUUGAUUUUUUACUAGUGUUAGGAUCCCAACUAUGCAGCUGCCAACUUCUGGUAGUUAAAGAUGAACCUCAGGAUUUCAGAUACUGACCCAUAAAAAUAAGAAAUAGAUAAAUUAACUGUAUUUAUGUAGUACUUUUCUCAAUAAAGGCCUAUAAAAGUGUUUGAAACUAUAAUCUAGAAACACAAUCUCAGACUAUUUGAACGAUUUAAGUUUUAACUGUUUUGUAAGAGUUAAGAAAACACUGACUCCAAAGAGAUGCAUCCACAGAAAUAAAAAAGAGAAGAUUUUUAGCAAGAAAAAGUUAUUUUGAUGCAGUCUAACUGUGUGUCUCUCAGGUAUGGCUGAUCCUGCCGCUCUUCCUCAGGCUGUGUCCGCCUUCCAAGCCUGUCACUUCAUCGGCAUGCCUGAGUGUGAGGUAGGCCUACUUGACCCCACUACAGUCAUGGAUUUGAGUCUUCGAAUGCAGAAAAUAAGAUCUCAUUAUCAGUUUCUCUGUGCUCUCUGUUUUUAUCCACUGUUCAUCAGGUGAUCUUGGCUCAGUGUGUGGUCUAUAUGGCAAGAGCACCCAAGUCUGUAGAUAUCUACAAGGCCUACGCUAACGUGAAGGCGUCUUUGAGGAACCACAAAGGCCCCCUGCCUCCUGUCCCUCUGCAUCUUCGUAACGCCCCCACCAGGCUGAUGAAACAGCUGGGCUAUGCUAAAGGCUACAAGUACAACCCAGCCUUCAGCAGCCCUGUGGAGCAAGAGUACCUACCUGAGGAGCUGCAGGAUGUCGACUUCUUCACCUGGACGCCUUCAGACCCCUGAGGACCUGUGGUAAUGUGACUGACACAGCUCUCUGAAGUAAACUGGACGUAGUGAUCCAGCAACAUCACAUUUUACUAAGAGUAAAUGAAAUAGUUCUGCUGCUGAUACAAAAUCUAAGUUGAUUUUAGGAUCUGGAUUAAUUGUUUAAUGAUCAGUUCACCUCUAUCUGCAUAUAUAUCAUGUUUUGUUCAAAGUAUCUACAAAUUUGUUCAAACACUGUUUAUGAAUGUAAUGUUUGUAGAAAAGACAAUCAUUCCAAAAAACAACUAAAACCUGCUAAAUAACCCUGCAUGCCUUUGUGUUAUCAAAAUACAUCUGUUGAGUACUAAUCUUUGUUUUCAUUCUAGUGUGUGCUUGUCAAGUUUUCCACGUCGCAUAAUCUAAUUAAAAUCCUUUUUUGUGUAAUAAUUUGUAUGUUCUUUGAUAAAAUACAAGAAAAAUACAAAAGCUUCAUUAAACAGUUUAUUGUUCUUUUUCUUCUUGGGUUGUAGAGACUUUGUUUUAGUUUUUGGCCAUGGUCUGAAAGGCAAUAACACAAGAUUAGUUCUGUAACUUUCACAAACCGAUUUACGAAAGAGGGCUAAGGCCACAUGAAGAGAAAAAAAAUAAUUACAGGAUGGAGAUUAAAAUGGAAAUUUAGAGAUUUAAGUCAAAAUUUGGAGGUUAAAAGAGAGAAAUUAUGUCAAUAAAGUGGAAAUUCUGAGAUUAAAAACUGGAAUCUCAAGAUGAAAGUCAAAAUUUCGAUACAACAAAAUGUCAUGAAUAAUAUUGAAGUUUCGAGAUUUUAAAAAAAUUAAAUUUUGAGAUUAAAAAAAAUUAAAUUUUGAGAUUAAAGUCGACACAAGUAAAGACGAAAUUUUGACUUUUAAAUUUCGACUUUAAUCUCGAAAUGGAAAUUAAAAAAAAGUUCCCUCCUUUAAUUAUUUUUUCUCUUCUUGUGGCCCUAAUCCUCUUUUGUACUGAUUAGAGCCACUAGAUGUCAUCAUGAUGUAAAUUUCCCUCACCUCACUUAUCCAGGGGAUGAAAGAAGCUACACGGGUGAACAUCGUGGGCUUCUUGGGGGUAUUACAACCUCGUCCAUCCACAAAACUGGUCACCCCUUCGACGUACCAUUUACCAUCUCUGCCCUUACAGUUCAGAGGGCCUCCAGAGUCUCCCUGAAAGAUGAUGGCACAUAAUGAAACAGUGAAAAAUGUCUUUUUUUUAAUCUUGAUAGAACAUAAGUUGUGUGGUAGCUCCUCCUCACAUGGCAUGCUGACUUGCUCUCUCCUCCUGCACAGACCAGUGUAGUCUUUGCUGAGCUUCCCCACCAAUCGCUUUGACUGCAGAUGCUGUGAUCCACCACUGGAAGAAGGGCCUGCUGCAGUGUAGUCGCCCGAGCACCACCAGCUGCAUGAGAACACAUCAAAUUGACCAGGAUUUUGAAUUCUGCCUGUAAAAUCUCUGUAGCUGUCAACAUUUUGAUUUUCAUAAAAGUGCACAGGCUUGUUUUGGGCACUAGUUGCUGUAGGUCUUACAGUUAAGACGACCCCAGCCGGUGACGUAGCAGGGCUGGUUGUGGACAAGAGCAGCGCCCUGCUGAGGCAGACAAGCUGUCUGAACUUUGUCAUUGAUGACAGCACUUUUCUCCAGUUUAAGCAGGGCAAUGUCAUUCCUACACAAAAGAAUGAAACACGGCAUUUAAACUAAAUUGUUUGAAGUCAAGUGAACAGAGUCUGUGUUUUUCUGUAGGUGAAGGUGUUUAUACAUAAUGUACAUAAAUGUGUAUUUGCUCAGCUGCGAUCCAACAUACUGCCAGAGUGGGCACUUAUUUCAAGGACACAUUUACUGUCUUUACUAUUUCAACAGUUCUGGAGCUCUAGAUUAUGUUGGGAACGCACACAUAGGUACCUACCCACAAGACACACAGUUGUCGUUCCAUUUGGGAUGAAUAAUCAUUUUUGACACCAUAAUAAACUGCUCAGGCCCCUC